GGCCAUAGAGGGCCCUAUUUCAUGUCUAAACCUGGUUUAAUUUAGAUUUUGUGUAAGCUACAAACUAACAUGUCAUAUGUUACCUGUAUAAUAACAUAAUGACGGUGUCAUUUAUUUACUUGUCUCUUCUUGUUUCAGUGGCUAACGCCUGUGAAGUAAUUUGCGAAAUUAAUGUCAAGCCAAACGAAGCAGUAGAUUUAAUUCUAAAUUUGACCAAUGUCGAGACAAAGAAACUUGUUCAACUAAGACAUGUGCCAAAUGAUAGGAUUGUGAGCUUGGGAACAGCAGGCGCGGCAUCUGAAUGGAAAGAUUUUAGCCGAAAUAAUAAUACACGUACGAAUGCACACAGUGGAGCUAUUGUUACAGUGACUCUGCUAGGGUUAACCAGAAAUGAUGCUGGUAAAUAUUGCUGUGACGAAGGUGUAACAGGAUGUGGAACCAAUCUAAUAGUAUCAGAUAAACCCGUCAUAAAUUUAACCCAACCAGAUCGACAACCACUAUUGGAAAAAGGGGUAUUGGGAAUAUUCAAAGGGGAAAUAAAUUUAACAUGUAACGCUGUAUCAACAACCAAACCUGAUAAUCACAAUUUAACUAUGGGAUAUACCUGGUUCAAAAAUGGUGUAAUUUAUGGUAAUGGUAAAAGACUACACGACAACGAAGUUGACAUAACUUACAAAGAAGCUUCAAUAGUUUGUGUAGCUACUGACUAUCCACACUGUAAAAAAAUUUUACAACAGUUAAACCAUUUCUCUACAAUAGAGACUGUUAAUCGAGGUGAAUGUAGCAGUGUUGUAGGUUUUUCCGAAAAGUUCAUCGUUCAUCCUGAAUAUGGACCAUACAGUAUAAAAUUACAACCAGACCGGGGUCAUAUUAAACCAAUUGUUGGUAGUGAUUUAUCAGUUGACUGUACCAGUGAUUGUAAUCCACCAUGUGAUAUCAAAUGGUAUAAAGAUGGAGACGUAUUGAGUAAUAAUAAACAUAUAAAUAUACCAGAUCUACAACUAGAUGAUGAUGGGGUGUAUAUGUGUAUUGCCAGCAAUACAUAUGGCAACAGAAAUACGUCAUUUAAUAUUGACCUUUCAUAUGCUCCUGUACAAAAAAGGCGCGCGGGAGAUGAUAUCAUUGAGACUGUUGUUGGAGAAAUGGUGACAGCGUCAAGGGGGAUAUUUGGAUAUCCUAAACCAGUGGUAGAUGUGGCCUCUAUUAUCACUCCGUCAAGCGUAAGCCUUUAUUACACAAACUAUACAGUUCAUGCCACACACACAACGCAUUAUUAUCGACUUACUCUAUCUGUACACGUGGUUACUGAUGAUUACCUGGGUAAAUAUUGUGUAUAUGUAGAGAAUAAGAAAGGAAAGACACAUAUAUGCCACACCCUGACCGAAGGUAUUACUAUUACGGACGAGGAACCUGUGAACAUGCCCGUUUUAGGUCUAGGGAUAUGUCUAGGAGUAGUUAUAUUGGUCUUCUCAGUGAUAAUCAUGGUUUUAGUUAUCAAAUUCCAUAAAGAUAAAAGGAGAUUGAGAUUAUCGGAACAUGGAUAUUAUUAUAUUGGUGAUACGAGUGACAAAUCAUCAGUCAGUGUUUAGUUUUAAGGGCAUGUUUCAAUAUUUAUUCGUUUAUAUAUAUGUUUAAGUAUUAUGAACAAUGGUUAUACGACAAACUACUUCAGCAUUAAAAGUUUUAUCAGAAAGUUGUGUCAACCAACUUAUUCAAUGUUUAGUGUUAAGGACAUGCUUUACAUGAUCUAGUUUUUAACUAUUAUAGUGAGAACUGCCAGCUCUUUAUCUAAUCUCCCAUAAUGUAUCUUUAAGAUACACGUUCAUAAAAGAAGGCGAUUAUAGACACAUUCAACAUUACAAUCUGUUCACGAUGUUUGUAUACUUAACAAUCACAACAGUUCAAAGGGGAUCGUUGACUCAAAAGGAAUUUCCACCUUUCUAAAUUGUUCUUAGUUACUUGUGAGUCUAUCUUUGCGUUUUAAUGUAGAAAUGAUUAUUUUAUAAUUAUAAGAAGGUUUAUGUAUUUUAGUAUAUGGAGUGAGCCAUUUACAUUAUUGAUUCAGUGAUAUAAUUGAUGAACAUCUCAUAAACACAUGUACAAGAAAGCUCAUAUAACCAAACAUUAGGCUAUAAAAUUGUGUAUUCCACACCAGAAAGCUUAUAUACACUACCAUGUAUUAUCCAAUGAUGUGAUUGACUUUUUCAUAAGAUUAUAUACCCUGACAUAUAGAGAUAUCCACAAAUAUGACUGAUUAUUUCAUAAUUACCAGAAAGCUUAUACAAAAUGGGAGAUUUAUUUCAGUAAAUAAAAUUAUUCAAUUUUAUGAUUUUUGAUUUUAUACUUGUAUAAUAAAUGUAUGCCUUUUUAUAUGACUGAUGAUUCUAGACAGCAUAUCAUGGUUAAUGAUACUAUAACUUUAUAAUAGAAUGCUUUUAACAUGGUUGAAGCAGUGUAAGUUUACUCGUUCUCACCUAUUCUUGAUUUGAUCUUGGUCAAAUGUCUCACCCGUGCCACGUCCAUUAUACUUUUCCCGCUUGCAUCUUUAACAUUGUUUACAUAUACAUGUACUUGAUUCCAUCAAAUCUUACUCUUACAAUUGACAUGUAUCAUAUUUUAUUAAAGAAUGUUAUUAUAAGGUACUGUUUAAUUAUACAAUUUACUAUUAUGUUUUUAUAGGAUUUACUUUUAAGUAUUUUGUGACCUAUAGAAUUAUCUCCCUUUCUUUUACUAUAAUUGAUUCGGAAGUAUCAAGUUUGCGUCACUAGUGAAAAUUCCCUUGUUCUGUAAGGACGUGUUUCAUGUCAUUUUCAUUAUACCCAUUAUUUUAGGGUUUAUACCUAUUAUAUAUUUAUUACUCUUAUUUUGUAUAUAUUAGAAAAUGAAAUGAAAUGAAAUGGGGUUUAACGUCCUACUGUUCUGCCCCUAAACUGGGCUAAUGAAGACGGGCAUACGCCAUACAGUGUGCUAUGAGGGAAAUUUUGCCCGGGCAGCGGCGCUACGGCCUACUCUUAUAUCGAAUUCCAACUGCCAAGGGAUCUUUUACGUGCACGCCAAUGUGUACACGGGACCUCGGUUUUUCGUCCCAUCCGAACGACUAGACAGCUGUCCUUGUCAUGCCCUCCGUCCUGCAUCACUGACAAGGGAAACCACGCCGGAAAAUCUGGAUGAACUUUCUCGGCUAAUGCAGGGAUCGAACACCCGACCUCCAGGCUAGCGAGCCAGCGUCUUACCCACUUAGACACGUGAUCCCCGUAUAUAUUAGAACUUAGAAGAGUGUGUAUAUAUUUGGAACCCUGUUGGGUAAUAUUUCAAGACCAAUAUUUCGAUUUUUCUGUUCGUUUAAUUUACCAUACGUUGUCACUUAACAUUAUAUACCUAACUAUCGAUGAAAUAAGAACUUGGUGUGUUUCCCAUUAAUCACAUUCAGUUAGUAGAACUGUUGGCGGAGGCUGUUUUAUAUAAUCAAGCAGGGUUUGGGCACAUAAUCGAACAUAGGCUAGCUAAUUUAUAAAAUACUGAAUCGAUACAAUUGUUGUUUUUAUCCUUAAGAAUUCGAAUACUUCCCAAGGAGCUAGGGUAUGCAGUGUUACGAACCUAGUUAAUUGAUACCGGCAAGUUUAAACUCCUUUUAUUAGUGUAACCGGUAGCCGUAGCUAUCUUAAUUAUUUGUAUUUCGUUUUCCGGAAAAGCGCUCCGUAGUUCUAUAUUUAGACUAUGGGUGUAAGUCUUUGGUACUUAUCGCUAAUCUAGUAAAAUCUAUCGUUUUCUCGGCACAGUCAUCGCCUGUUUAAUAAUUUGAUAUUUUUAUAUUGUGUAAGAGUAUAUAUUUCUAAUUAAGCAUGCUGCCUAUGUUUUUAUUAUUGUUAAUUGUGUCUGCCGACUGUAUUUUCAAGCAAGAACUUUACUAUGUAUUUAUAUGUACUUUCACUUAGUUUGUUAUAAUAUUAAGCGGGCAGAAUUUGUAAGUAAACAUUUUUGAUGGGAACUUAUAUGUAUCUGGUAGAUAAAUUAUCUAGCUAUCCGUGCCUAUCCUUAGUUUUGUGGUGCCUACUUUGUGUCAAAAGUUCUGCAUAUUUUUUGGAUAGUACUCGUGUCUGGAUUUUAGAUUCCAUGCCGACUUGUCCAAGGGAGAUAAUAUUAGCUUCUUGUUUAUCAAGAAUUUAUUAAUUAGUAGGCAUGUUUAAUUUAAGUCUUAUUUAGUAUAUUUUAUCCUUUCAAAUUAUUAUUUAUGCAUGUUGUAAGCCAUGUGUCAUGUUGGUUUAGUUGAGGCAUGGGUCCUUUUAUUUAUUUUGUGUCUGUUAGUUUAGGAUUUCACCCCACCUUUUAUUACUAGGUGGAUGAAUACGUUGAUUGCCUCCAUGCAUUAGUCUUUUGUCUUCUAGACUGGAUAGUAUUAUUCUGGCUCAAGAAAGUAUUUUUAUGAAAGUGUAAUUAACAGCGUUUGGUCUUCGUAUAUUUAGCUUUUUCGUCUUGAAAACUGGAUAUUAUUAUCCUGGCUCAAGGAAGUGUUUUGACAGCGUUUGAACACAGUGUUUUAUUUAUAUUUAGUCUUUAUGUCUGGUAGUAGAAAGUGUUUUUAGAAGUGUUUUGUAAGUUAUUAUUAAUAUUACAUAGUUAGAGACGACCACAAAUCGUCCCGAAGCCACGUAAUUUCGGAUACCCGAAUUUGACCUUGCUAUCCCCAACCGAAAAUUAUAUGUGUCAUAUAUGUUUCUAAUUUUUUAUUAAAACCUUUAUAAGUUCC